UUCAUGCACUCCUACUUGGCGAAAGUUAAAGAACCACGCAACUGCUCCUUUUAGAAGAGACUUUUCAGACAAUAACCGAUCAAACUUUUAGCACAAUCAAUCCUUCUAUUUCAUACAAGGGAGGUAUACUCAGUAUAUUAUACCGUAUUCGGACACAAUAGUUGACAUUGUUAUUGUUCUGUUGCCUUUUGAAGGGUCCAGGUCCCUGCUUGAGGAGUGAGUCACAGCAAUGUAGAGCUGAUUAAGGAUAUCCUGUAGGGACUCAAGUAUCUGAGUGUGUCUCUGAUGGCUGCCAGCAACCGUUAGACACCAGUACAGUUCAUCUACAGGAGUUACAACUGCGGGAUACAGCUGAAUUCUGCUUCUCUGGACCUUUAAACCGUUUAAUCGGUGCUGCAACCGAUGGAUGUAUAGAUGAACGUAACUGACUAAAUGAGGACAUAUCAUUUCUAAAGGAUUAUAUCGUUGGGACUAUGGUUUUUAAUGAGCCUUUGGAUGCAUUGCAUAUUUUGAGCGUCAAGGAUAUACAAGAAGAAUCACAAUGCUGAAGUGUAAAAGUGUUUUUCUGUCUCUCUGUGUGUUCUCAGGGAUACUUAUGAAGGUGACAGCUGUGGAGCAGACAUGUAGCGUUGUAGCAGCAGAGUCCACCAGCGCUAGUAUGGACUCGAUCUCCCUCAGACUGUCCACACCAGGGCAGCACUGUGCCUUCUCUGUGUCCUCAGUGGACAGCAUCUCAGAGACCAUAGACUGUGUCCCCUCUGUGGAGCAGGACCACGGGGCCACGUUCGACUGCCUGGUUGGGAACCUGGAGCCGGGGACCUCCUACACCCUGGAGGUGGCUUCCAAGACAGACGCGGAGAGAGCCAACGUCACCCUGCACACCAGUCCUGCAGCGGUCAGCGGCCUACACGUGUCUCAGUCCUCCAGUAGCCUGGGAGUUUCCUGGCAGGCUGGCCCGGGGAGGACAGAGCGUUUCAGGCUGCGGCUGACUGAUGAGUCCGGGGUGGUCCGGAACCUGACCCUGGGGAGCACCGCCACGGAACACACCCUCAACGGACUGACACCAGGUCACCGCUACAAUGUUACUAUGACAACAGAGUCAGCAGGACACCAGAACAGCAGCUGGAUAUUGGCACAGACAGUCCCAUCUGCUGUGUCCAACCUAAGACUAGACAACAAUGGAAGCCAGGACAGUUUGGUGUCAUCCUGGGAGCGACCUCAAGGUGACCUGGAUGGGGUUGUGGUCACCCUGACUUCUGAGGGGUCAACCCCUCAGGAGAGAACCCUCCCCCUGGAAACCACAGAGAUCAUCUUUGACCACCUGACUGCAGGACGGGCCUAUCAGAUCUCUGUUACUACGAUGAGUGGAGAGCUGACAAGCCAAUCGAAGGCCACAGCUCGAACAGUCCCCGGCAAGGUGUCUCAGCUGGCUCUGGAGGGUGAUGGGGAAUCCAACAGCCUCAAGCUGACAUGGGCUCCCCCCACUGGUGACUGGGAGAACUACAGCGUGCUGCUCUACAAUGGGACACAGCUUCUGGUUAAUAAAACGCUGAAGAAGGAAGCGCUGGAGGACAGCUUCUCUGGACUGCUUCUGCUUCCUGGGCGGCUGUACAGGGCAGAGGUCAGAGUGGAGAGUGGUGCUCUGGGCCCCGAGGAGGCCUGCUAUGGGGGAAUAGACCCUCGACCAAUAGCAGAGCUCCAUAUCCGUCACGCAGACGAGACUUCCCUGAGUGCCCUGUGGAGCCACGCCCCUUCCUCGGAACGCGACGGCUACCUCGUGGCACUUCGCCACGGCAACGUCACGGUCAACGCGCGCGAGCUGGAGCGCCACAUGAGGGAGUGCACGUUCAACGUGCUCACGCCGGGACGACUGUACACAGUUACCGUGACGACCAUCAGUGGGAAGCUGAACUGUUCUGUUUCGGUGGACGGGAGGACAGUGCCAAUGGAGGUGCGCGGCGUGCGUCUGAGCAGCCACGGAGUCAACAGCCUGUUGGCCUCAUGGGAGAGGCCCUCCGGCGACCUGGAUUCUUACCGCCUGCUCCUGUUCUCCAACAACCAGCUUGUCCAGAACCAGUCUGUCCCGGCCAACACCAGCUCUCUGCAGCUCCUUUCCCUGACCCCCGGUGCCCUCUACAGGCUGGAGGUCUACACUGUCAGCGGCCCGCUGGCCUCUCAGCGCGCUGUGGUUGAGGGACGCACAGUCCCAGCAGCAGUGGGUGAGGUAACGGUCAGUAACAGUGGGCGGUCAGACCUCCUACAGGUGUCCUGGAUUCCAGCAGAGGGCGCUGUGGACAGCUACCUGGUGCAGCUAAGGGACCGGGACAGGACCGUACACACGCGCGUGGUCUCCAAGGCCAGCCCCCCAGAGUGUGUCUUCAACUCCCUCACUCCAGGCCGACUCUACACCAUCUCCAUAGCAACCCGCAGUGGCAGUCUGGAAAACAACACCUUGGUGCAUGCCAGAACACAACCAGCCAGUGUCCAGAACCCCACGGCGAUCCACUCGGCCCGGGACGACUUCUUGAAGGUGUACUGGCGCCAUGCGGGCGGCGACCUGGACCGCUACCAGGUGACCAUCCAGUACAACCACACGGUGUUGCAGGAACAGAACGUGUCUCGCUCCCAGAACGAGUGUGUGUUCAGCGGGCUGGUCCCGGGCAGGCUCUACACUGUGUCCAUCAGCACUUGGAGCGGCCAGUACCUGAACGGCGUUGCCACGGACGGACGGACCUUCCCUGCUGCCGUGGGUAACUUGACGCUAGGGCACGGAGACACGAGCGAGCUGUCUGUGGCGUGGAGCCCCGCCCCUGGCGACGUGGACCACUACGAAGUGCAGGUGCUCUUCAACGACACGCGUGUAUAUCCCUCCGUAACCCUGGGCAACGCCGCGCGGGGCCACCGCCUGUCCUCACUCACCCCUGGACGUCUCUACAAGAUCGUGGUGUCCACCUUCAGCGGACCGUACCAACGGCCCCAGUUCAUAGAGGGGAGAACAGUGCCCAGUGCGGUGAGGAACCUCCUGGUCACCCCUGCAAGGCAGAGCGGGAGUCUGGCUGUGUCCUGGACCCUCGGGGAGGGAGACCUGGACAUGUACACUGUCUCGCUGUCCCAGGGUGCACAGCUCCUGGAGACACGCCCCGUCCCCAAACAUGUGACCCAGCUGGACUUUCUGAACCUCCUCCCUGGACAGAUUUACAACAUUGCCAUCCAAUCGCUAAGCGGCAAACUGACCAAUGAAAACAGGGCCACUGGCAGGACAGUCCCAGCUACAGUGACAGCUCUACAGGCAGACAGUGACCACACCACACACAGCCUCACCGUUACCUGGGAAACCCCUGUGGGCGUGUACGACAGAUACAGGAUCCAGCUACUGGAGGAGGCUGGCACGCUCCUGGCCAACACCUCCAUGCCUGCAGGCACCACCAGGCACCUGUUUGACAAGCUCACCCCAGGGAAAUGGUACCAUGUCCGGGUUCAGUCGCUGAGCGCUGGGGUCUACAGCCUGGAGGCCAUCGCAGAGGGACAGACACGUCCAGCAGCAGUGAGCGGCCUGGCCGUCCUGUCCUCCAACUCCUCCUCCCUGAGUUUCUCCUGGAGCCCGUCUGACGGCUACGUGGACGGCUACGACGUCUCGCUCAGCGGCCUGGACGGAGCUCCCAGGGGCCGCAGCAGCCUGGGGGCGUGGGCUCGCCACUGCGCCUUCACGGGAUUGGUCCCCGGGACGCUGUACAAGAUGGCAGUGGUGAGCAGGAGCAGAGAGAUGAGCAGCGACUCCUCGAUCCUGGCCAGAACUGUUCCAGCCCCAGUGUCGUCCCUCCGGGUGCACAGUGGGGGCCGUACGGACCGCCUGUCUGUGAGCUGGGCGCCUGGUGAGGGGGGGUGCAGCAGCUUCCAGGUCAUUCUCCUCAGCCCUGGGGGCGCCACUCUGGGAGGACAAACUCUGGGAGUGGAGACGAGGGGCCACAUCUUCGCAGGACUAGUGCCUGGCCGCCUGUACCAUGCUGAGGUCAUUACCCACAGUGGCGAGCUCACCAGCACAGCCUCGGCAAAGGGACGAACAGCUCCAGAGCCCCCCACCCAGGUGUCCGUCAAAGACGGCCCAGCCAAUGACACGAUGGAGCUCUCCUGGAGUGGUCCCGCCUCCGGGGACCAUGACACCUUUGACCUGCAAUGGACUCCUCACGACCAGCUGUCAAUCACAGCCUCUCAGCCAACCACUCGCCUGCUGAGCUGGAUGUUCCCCGGUCGACUGUACAACUUCACAAUAUUCACAGUCAGCGGGAAAGGGGAGGAUGGAGGACCUGUCACUAGGAGCCAGCCAAUCCAGAGGAGCCUCAGAACCAACCCGUCCAGUGUGAGGAACAUGCACUGCUUCCCCAUCAGCUCCUCCUCCAUUUCCUGUACCUGGGCUCUGCCCCUUGCCGACUACGAUGCCUUUGAGGUCAUGUGCCGUCGCCAGGACAGCGGCGAGCUGGUGUCCGGCCUGCGUCUAGCCGGGGACAGCAGCGUGCUGGUCCUGGAUAGGCUGGAUCCCUCCCGCCGCUACGAUGUCAUUGUGAUGACCGCUUCCGCUGGCCUCACCAGCCAACCAGCCCACGCCAGUGUGGUCACCAUGAUCGACCGCCCUCCGGUCCCGCCCCCCAACCUGCGGGUCAGUGAGCGCUUGUCAAGGGUCACAGCGUCCUCUAUCUCCUUCUGGUUCAACUGCAGCUGGUUCAGUGAUGCCAACGGAGCCGUCAAGUUCUUCUCUGUCAUCGUGGCUGAAUCUGAUGACAAUGAAUUGCUCCAGCCUGAGAAGCUUCAUCCCCUACCUUCCUACCUGGACUACAGACACAACUCCUCCAUCAGGGCCUACCAGACAGGCUACUUUCCUAGCCGCUGUACCCAGGACUCAGACUUCGCUGGUGGGCAGGUGUUUGAGAUCAACCUGGGGUCUGGUGGGAAGUGGUUGGGAGGGGCCUGCGACUCAGAGGAUUUAGACCGCUAUUACGAUCUGGACCACAGCCAUUAUGAUGACCUCAACCCCUUCUGUGACGGGCCACUUAAAUCCAAGACUUCCUACAGACUCAGUAUGCGAGCAUUUACCCAGCUGUUUGAUGACGAUCAGGGAGAGUUUCUUCAUCCUCUCUACACAGACACAUACCUCUCUCUGCCCCUCCGGACACACGCAGAGCCCAUGGGAGGAGUCAUCGAGGGCAUCAGUGCUGGCAUGUUCCUCAUUGGUAUUAUGGUGGCUGUCAUCUCCCUCCUGGUCUACAGACAGAGGCUACGCAAAGUGGCAGUACAGGACAGCCCAGUGGUCAGAAUGAACAUGUGGAAGGAGGUUCCCAACUCUGGAAUGUACGUUGGUGUCAGAAGCAAUCGUCGCAUCUCCAGUCCAAUCAAAGCUGCCCACUUUGAGUCUCAUCUCUCCAAACUCCAGGCUGACUCCAAUUACCUGCUGUCUGAGGAGUUUGAGGACCUGAAGGAUGUGGGGAGGAACCAGGCUCUGGAGGCAGCCAGACUCCCUGAGAACAGGGGCAAGAACCGUUACAACAACAUCCUGCCCUAUGAUUCCACCAGGGUCAAACUUUCUUUCUUGGAGGACGACCCCUCCUCUGACUAUGUCAAUGCCAGCUAUAUACCUGGUAACAAUUUCCGCCGAGAGUACAUAGCCACGCAGGGUCCUCUCCCGGGCACCAAGGACGACUUCUGGAGGAUGGUGUGGGAGCACAACGUCUUCAACAUUGUCAUGGUGACGCAGUGUGUGGAGAAAGGGCGGGUGAAGUGUGACCACUACUGGCCGUUUGACCGGGAGCCCCUCUACUACGGAGAUCUGAUCGUCCACAUGCUGUCUGAGUCCGUCCUGCCAGAGUGGACCAUCCGAGAGUUCAAGAUCAGCUCUGAGGGCGCGGCCAUCUUCCCCCGGGUGGUGCGUCACUUCCACUACACCGUGUGGCCGGACCAUGGAGUCCCAGAGACCACCCAGUCCCUCGUCCAGUUCGUCCGCACGGUCAGAGACUACGUGGACCGCUCCCCCAGCUCAGGGGCCACGGUGGUGCACUGCAGUGCUGGGGUGGGCCGUACCGGCACCUUCGUGGUUCUGGACCGCGUGCUGCAGCAGCUGGACGGCAGGGGGACUGUGGACAUCUACGGCUCGGUGUUUGAACUGCGACAGCACCGCUCUCACAUGGUCCAGACAGAGUGCCAGUACCUGUACCUCCACCAGUGUGUGAGGGACGUUCUGCGGGCCAGGAAGCUCCGUAGCGAGCAGGAGAACCCUCUCUACCCCAUCUACGAGAACUUCAACCCCGACUACUACCGUGAUUUCAUCUAUACUGGACGCUAGAGAGACAUCACGCCACAGUGGGGGACGAAGAUUGAUCUAACAGUGUUAGUGUGGCAAGUUUUGUUGGCUGGCAUUGUUACAGCUUGCCCUUCAACUAGCGUUGUUUUUGAGCAAUGUAAGAAGCCCCUGAACCAGCGUCUAUGUAAGAACCAGGACAAGGACAGAGCCGUUUGUUAUUUUUGUUCCCACAGCAGUUCUCUAGAUGUCCAUUUCAAUAGGACAAGCCACAGUAUGAUUGUUAAUAUUGAUGUUGUGUUAAAUCGUCCUUCACCAAAUUGCGAGUCUUUGUUUUGAAUAGUUUGCAUUUCACGUCAUAUAAAUACACCUCUCAGAAAUCUCUCUCGACUAAGAUGUUCUACUCUCCUCGACGCUGUAUGAGAGGGAGAUAAAUGGGCUUUGUAAAUUUACAAUGAAUAAGAGAUUCAUCAGGGAGAUGAAGCCUUUUAGUGAAGCCUUAAUUGAUGCUCCCAGAGGAGGGAACUAUGAGCCAUCAGCAGACCCUUUUGCUUCUCAUAGCCUCCGGCCCAGUGGGAGGCUGAGGGCUGUGUGGAUGUAGAGACAAACAGGUAGACAAACUCUAUUGACAUGCAUUCAGACAGCCAUGCUGGAGAGCGCCAGGCCUUCACAAUGGUGCCAGGCUCCUGCAGGCUGCAUCAGCAACACUGAUGGAGCCUAUGUCUGAUUCAGAUGCUGAACACGUAGAAACAGGAGCUUCCAAAACACAGCGCUUGUCACGUACAGAUGAGAUUUUCAUCACCACUUGUUGCCAUGUCUGAGAAGCUGUCUGUCCAUAUUGUUUUGAGUAUGUACAAGUAUCCCUGGAUUAGGUCACAACACAGUACUACUGAAUGCGCUGUAAAUAGGUCAGUAGAAGAAUUAGUAAGCAUUUAGUGCUACAGACACCUGAAUGACCCAGUUCAGGCAAUAUCAACCCCUGUCCAAAAUAGACAGGGUUAGAAUAAUAUAAUUUGCCACCUGGAUACACAACCAAAGAAUGAACUUCUCUCUCUUGCAAUCUCUCUCUCUUCCUUAUCUCUCUUCUGUAUCUCUCUCUCUCUCUCUCCCAGGUUCAAGGCUUGACAUUUCUGUACCUGAGCUUCUCAGUCCUGCACAGACCAGUUAGUGUGGGCAAACUGCCACUGUUCACACAGGGGGACACUUAGAUAAGCCUGCCAGGCAUGAUCCUAUCAAGAGUCUAUUAGGAUCUGCGUGAAACGUGUCUGUACGUAGCUACAUUUAAAAUAUCAGUCUCACAAAGUCACUUCUCUUGCCUUCGUUUGAAUCUCCCACAACUGUUUUUGUUUCCAGAGAAGAUGAGCUGUAACAAAGUCUUAUUUCUCCCGACAAAUGAUUGAGUUUCAUGGGCAUCGAUUUCUGCUGAGCCCCAGUAACCUGGACGACUGAUCUAGACUGUCAGACGUAGUCAUUGAUUCACCAGCAUAUUAAAACACAGUGCAGCGCCCAUUAUAUGAUACUCCGUAGGGUGGAGUGGAUCAAUCCUACUCUGCCUGCCCUUUACCCCUCACAAAACACACACACCCACCUGCACACACCUACACACAACCACUUAGAAAGCACACACACACACAAACUCCUCCCUUGCUGUCACAUCCCUACUACCUCACUAUCAGCCCAUUAAAAAGAGCAGAACAGCAUUAGGAGAGAUGCAGGGGAUCGAAAUGAUGAGCAUAGCAUAUACUAUGGCCUUCAACCUCAAAGAGCUAACACUGUCUUGAAUAUGCUGUAUCAAUAUCCCGGUGAACCUACAGUAUAAUGAACACACAUGCGGCAACAUAUGCAAACAUAUUUUAUAUUUACACUUACAUGUACCCGUCUGUCUCUAUGUAACAAGAUGUAAGUUUAUGGUCGAUGUAGACGUUUGUAUUUAUGUAUAGAGGUUUAUCUCUCUUGUUUUCACAUUUGAUGAUAUUUAUGAGGUGAUAUGCCGACUCAACUCUUCCACACUUCCCUGGAAUAUGAAGUGUGCCUCUCCCCAUGGAGCUGUGCUGUGUUCAUUAAGCGUCUGUUAACCUGGUGCAUCAGCACUGAGGCGUCAGGAACCGAGGGGUGCCAGGAACUAGUGGUCUAUGUAGGGUUAGGGCUAUGUAUACCCAACCACUGUAGUGUUAGCCUGCCUCGAGAAUACUUUCUGUUUGUCUGUCCAUGAGUAUGUCUGUCUGACACUGUUUGUAUAUCUGUCUGUCUGUCUGUCUGUCUGUCUGUCACACUGAAUGAAUGUGACUGUAUAUUAGGGUGUAAAUAUGAGGUGCCUUGUGUGUUAAAACUGAAUCAAGCAAAAGUGCUAACAUUGUUGCAAUAUGAGAUUGUCAUUAUGAAAUGCGGAGGGCUAUUAUUUUAAUGCUGUAUUGUGUGUUCACGUAGGACUGCAACUAUGUAAUUGAACUAUGAGAUUUGUAUGCAUCUUAGCUUUGUUGAGAUAGCACAAUGUUGUUGUUUUUAUAUGUGAUAUAUAAGCUGAAAUAUCACCAUGCUGUACCCUUGCUGAAUAAAUAAAACGAUGCACUGUU